AUGCGUGCAGUGGAUUAUGCAGGUGCAUGCCAGCGUGUGACGGCAGCUGUUGUUCGUUUCUUCAGAAGGGAAACUAAAAUAAAGUGCAAGUGUGUGAUCCACGUCAAGAGGAGACUCAAUCGCCCGCCCCCCUGUGUCGACGAAUAUGGGAAUUUUCAAGCGGCUAGCACAGACAAGGCUCAGUUCCCAGGUGAACAGCGAUGUGUCAUCAACGUCGAGGAUGACCAGGGUGGACGGCAUCGAACCAUCAGCAUUGACACAGACCACGGUGAAGAGCUAGUAAAGGAGUCAUUCAACCCGGAUGGGCAGUUGCCACCUAGACUUGCCGUUUUCUUUACGGAACCUGAGAAAUGGCUUUAUGGUGGCACCCAAGGAGAACGCAUACCACUUCACCAUGAUUGUACUUUGGAAAAGGCCGUCGUCCUGUGCCUUCUUAUGUACGACAUUAAGGACUGGUCCUACCCACUUGCACACAGCAAGGCGCUGCUGCUGAAGCAACAAGUAGUCGUGAAUGACGACGUUCACAAGGCAUGAAUGGAAAACUGAAGGACCUUCUGAAGGCGCCUCGAGAAGGACAUAAUUUUAGUGCAAUACUUACGCCAAAACCAAGGGGAAGAUA